GUGCGCAGACGGGGAGCGCAGAAGGUGUUUGUCCGGCUGAGUGUCUGAUUGUCUGUCUGUGUGAGAGAGGGGGAGGAGAGAGAGAGAGAGAGGGAGAGAGAGACCGUGAAAUCACUCUUCUUUUUCAUGUUCGUUUGGGUGUGAGAAGAGAAGUCGAGAAGGAGGAGGAAAAGAGAGAGAGAAGAAAAAGAAGAGAAAGCGAGGAGGAGGUCCUGCCAUCGUAUGGGUGGCAACGCUUCGAAGAUGGCAGCUCCUGUAGUAGUUAAUGCAACGGCAAAGCACACAGCCACUGUGAUAUUUCUCCAUGGUCUUGGUGACACUGGUCAUGGCUGGGCAAGCGCAAUGGCUGCCAUUGGUUCGCCUCACAUUAAAUUCAUAUGUCCCACAGCACCAGUAAUGCCUGUAACUCUAAACAAUGGGUUUCGGAUGCCCUCUUGGUUUGACUUGAAGUCCCUGGAUGUCGAUGGCCCUGAAGACAGUGAUGGUAUCAAGAAGGCUCGUGAUGGGAUCCACCAGCUGAUUGAAGAGGAGGUGAAGGCUGGCAUCCCGCAUGAGAGAAUCAUGCUGGGAGGAUUCAGCCAGGGUGGAGCUCUGGCUCUUUACUCCACCUUCACACACAGCCGUACUUUGGCUGGUGUCAUAGGACUGUCUUGCUGGCUUCCAUUACGGGAGGAAUUUCCACAGGCUGCCAUUAGCAACACAGGCGCUCCAAUUCUGCAGUGCCAUGGUGACUGUGAUCCCAUUGUACCAUACAAAUUUGGACAGAUUACAAGCCAGCUGAUUAAGAAGUUUGCUGGAAAUAUUGAAUUUAAGACCUACCGUGGAAUGAUGCAUUCCUCCUGUGAUGAGGAGAUGGCAGACAUCAAGAAGUUCAUCACUCAAAAUCUUCCUUCAGCAUAGAAGAAGGUGAAUGUGCACCAGCCAUGAAUUUUUUGAAAAGUAACGUUGACUCCAAUGGAACAUGAAACGUACAGGGCUCUUUGCAUCAUGGGGGUGUUUAAGAUUUCAGCUUGUCAAGAUUGCAUUUUGAGUGGUAUUGAUGCAAGAAUAGUCCAUUUAUUGCAAUCAUUGGACUUGUAUAUGCUCCUCAGGCAUGCAUUAUUUACACCAUCAAGACAAAAUGUGAAGUUAUAAUAGUUUCCAGUAUUGUUAACUAUAGAUCUUUUCAAAAGAUGUUAGUGUAACAUAGAAAGAAAAUAAAUCCCAGAAACAGUU